AUGACAUUCACACAAGAGAGGGUAUUUUAUUGUGAGGUUAAACUAUGUUCCGUCGGGUACAGGUUCCUUAAAAUUAAUGCUGAGGGUAAAGUUCCUGUAAUAAAGCUUGAUGAGAAGUGGGUUUCUGAUUCGGAUAUCAUCACACAAUUUCUGGAAGAGAAGUAUCCUAUCCCACAAUUGGUAACUCCACCCGAAAAAGCUACAGUUGGGUUGAAGAUCUUUUCUACAUUUAUUGGAUUUCUCAAGAGCAAAGAUCCCAAUGAUGAAACAGAGCAAGCAUUGCUAAGUGAACUAAGCACUUUCAACGAUUACCUUAAUGAAAAUGGUCCUUUUGUCAAUAGAAAAGACAUAUCUGCAGCUGACUUAUCUCUUGGACCAAAGCUGUAUCAUUUGGAGAUUGCAUAA